UGUAAAACGGAACGUUACCGACAAUUACAUGAAAGAAAUCAUGUGGAAAUUAUUUCACUCACGCCUAUUUCAUUUCGUCGAAAUAUUAGGAAAGCAAUGAUGUGUUGUGACGAUAGUAUAUUGAUAAUUUUUGCAAAAGAUACCUGGGAAAGUGUGCGGCAAGCGUAAAUAUCAAUUCAGUCCCUACAAAAUGUUUCCGCUGUGAUUUAAUCAAUCAUGACUACAAUGAAGAAUCCUAAUUCGCCGUCUUCUAAGCUUGCUCUUCUCAAUCACAUCAAAUACGAACAUCUGGUCGCUGGAAUAUCUGGUGGCGUUACCUCUACUCUAAUCUUGCACCCUUUGGAUUUGAUUAAAAUUCGAUUUGCUGUAAAUGACGGACGCACAGCAACAGUUCCGCGAUAUGACGGCCUUGGCAGCGCUUUCGUGACCAUCGUGAAGAAGGAGGGCUUCCGAGGGCUGUAUAGGGGUGUGACGCCGAACAUCUGGGGCUCGGGGUCCGCAUGGGGCUUUUAUUUCUUAUUCUACAACGCCAUAAAGACAUGGAUACAAGGCGGCAACGCGCGAACCCCCCUAGGGCCGGGUCUACACAUGCUGGCCGCUGCGGAAGCGGGCAUACUGUCCCUUAUCAUGACGAACCCGAUAUGGGUGGUGAAGACCCGCCUUUGCUUGCAGUACAGCGGCGAACAUUUGGCCGAGAAUAAGAGAUAUAACGGCAUGAUAGAUGGCCUCAGUAAGAUUUAUAGGACGGAGGGGAUACGCGGGCUGUAUAGGGGUUUCGUCCCGGGCAUGUUCGGCGUGUCGCACGGCGCCCUGCAGUUUAUGACAUACGAGGAGAUGAAAAAUAGGUACAACCAAUACAGGAACCUGCCUAUUGACAUCAAAUUGACGUCGCUGGAGUACCUGACGUUCGCGGCGGUGUCCAAGCUGCUGGCGGCGGGCGCCACGUACCCGUACCGACACUACACACUACACACUGCUCACUGCUCACUACACACUGUACACUGACCGUGUCGCUGGUUGCAGACGUCGCUGGAGUACCUGACGUUCGCGGCGGUGUCCAAGCUGCUGGCGGCGGGCGCCACGUACCCGUACCGACACUACACACUACACACUGCUCACUGCUCACUACACACUGUACACUGACCGUGUCGCUGGUUGCAGACGUCGCUGGAGUACCUGACGUUCGCGGCGGUGUCCAA